AUGGGCCGACGGUUAUGCUUCAACGAAGCUGAAAUUGUCGAGUUGAGUCGAAUGGAGUUGAACUUUGUAAAGCGAAAAAAGCAGAUCGAAUGCUCAAGAAUAUCUCCUACCAUGUCGCCUCUCUCAAGCAUCAAGAUUUACGGUCAUUCACUCGUCCGAUUUGAUCCAGCGGCUCUUUUCUCCGGCUUGCAGAAUUGCGAGUCUUCUUUGAAGAAUGCUGCAACUUUUCCUGAGUGGUUUAGUGCUUUUUCAAAACUAUUUUUAUACUGGGUGCCCAUAGGCAUAGGAGCUAAGUUGAUGUUAGCCAUAAAAGAGAUACUUUCACAUUUGUAA